AUGAAUCUCUCUCAGUUAUCAAAUAGUUACUCCCGAGCUAAAGGGAAUCUUUAUGGUCACGUUGCCAUGGACGAGGAAGGUGCCGCUAUGUACCAGGAGCCUUACAAGGGUCCUAUACACAAUCCUGGUUAUCAUACCCUGGGUCCAGCCAUCCCGCCCUCAGACACGACCUUCAAGUGUCCUCUGCCUCUGGAUACUGAUGACUCCGUGGACUAUGCUGUACCUGGGAUGAACGCGGUCAACAUCCAGGGUGUUACAGGAAGUGUCAUCUAUGCCCUUACCGAUGACUCUGAGCUGAGUAAUGUUCAGUCAAUUCCUGAAAUCGGGCGACAUAGCCUUCGUGUGUUAGAGACUAUAGGUGAAGGCACGUUUGGCACUGUCCAACUCUGUGAGGUUAAGAAUGGUUCUCGAGGUGAACUUCAGACACUGGUAGUGAAGAGCCUCAGUGCCAGAGUUGACGACAGUGUUAAGGAAGACUUCCUACAAGAAGCUCAGGUGCUAAGUUGUAUUGAUGACCCAAACAUUGCACGACUGGAAUACCUCGAAUAUGGAGAUCUUCAUCAGUUUUUACGAAGACACGGCCCUGAAAACACCUCGGCGAUAGUACAAAGAGCAGCUUUCAAAGAGGGAGGUGACAACCCUCUUCUCAGUUAUGGCGCUCUUGUUUACAUUGCCUCACAGGUCGCCUCUGGGAUGAAACACCUGGAAAAACUCAAUGUGGUCCAUCGGGAUCUUGCGACUCGUAACUGCCUUGUAGGCAGAAACCUUCUUAUUAAAGUCUCGGACUUGGGCAUGAGCCAAACGAAGUACCAUAGAGACUACUACCAGCUGAAGGAAGACCACACCAUGUUGCCAGUUCGCUGGAUGGCGUGGGAGUCUAUCCUUCAGGGUCGGUUUUCCACCAAGAGUGACGUGUGGGCGUUCGGCGUGACGCUGUGGGAGAUCCUGACGAUGGCCCGCCAGCAGCCCUACGACGAGCUGAGUGACGACGGCGUGCUGGAGAACGUGUCUCACUGUUACCAUGGUGAUGGCUCCGGUAUGAUGGUGUUGCCUCAUCCGCCGCUCUGUCCUCGCGAGAUGUACGACAUGAUGACUGCCUGCUGGAGACCCAACGACCGCCAGCGACCUCCCUUCUGGGAGAUCCACUUGUUCCUGCAGCGAAAAAACUUGGGUUAUGCGCUUGAUUACCUAGAGUGA